UACGGGAUGUGUCCACAGCAGGAACAAUGUACAACCUCUGUCCAGCCUGCAGUCUCAACGACCCGAGAGGCUCCAAUGAUGGUGAUGACGCUUGUCUACAGUGUCUAUUACUCAGCAGCUGUGAUGAGUUCCAACACCAUCGCUCUCUGGCUCACAUCAUUAGCAUCUGCAGGACGUAUGAGCAGGCAGCAAAGAGAGAGAUAAUCUUAAAGAUUGAAGCAAGGAGAAGGAGGAGGUAUAGAAACAAAUGGCUGCUGAGGAUCUUUGUGCUAUCCGGCCUCCUGGCAUUCACUUUCCUCAUGGGAUCAGUUGGCAAAGAAGACAAUGUUGCACAAGACUAUGAUGCUGAUGUCUUUCUUCCAUCCAAAGCAUUGCGGUUGUUGGGAGUUCUGCUCUUCUGGACUGUUUGGUUGCUCCUGAAUCUCCUCAAGUUGUUCCUCUGGUUGAUCAAAGGCCUGCUGUGGUUCAUCUCCAUUUCUGCGUCCCCGCUGUGUCAUUGUUUGUCGUACCUCCUGUCCUGCGUUAUGCUGCUGCUACAAUACACAUGUAAUGCCGUGUUUUUUGCAACCACCAGUCCUGUGUAUGUUUGUGUCAUGCUUCUCACUGUCUUUUCACUGCUCGUUUUAAAGUAUAACUAUAUACGCGAUACAUACGCGAUAAUUCGUUUUAAGGCCACUAGAUUCUUAAACGCAUUAAUGCAACGUGUGAUUGGUAGGUUGUAGUGGGAUCAGUUUUAAAGCUAGAGUGGAGAUACUGGUAUCAUAUGAAACUAGUAAACCUAAAGAAUCCAUUUGUUCCAACCAUGUUAGC